AUGCUCUUCUGGUCCGUGUGUGCAGCUGUUCUCUUGAAUGCAGCGGGCGCUAUCAGUAUACGAUCUCCCCUUCCUUCUAUGUGUCCCACUCCCGACAGCUACACUAAUCCCGAGCACCCCAGAAUUCACCUCAGCUAUGGUUCGUAUGAGGGGGUGAUGGAAGGGAAUACUCACAGGUUCUACGGAAUGCAUUACGCUGCUCCUCCAGUUGGCCCCCUACGAUUCUCCCCACCAAAACCUCCCAUUCCGUUUCCAGGGCUAAAAGACGCCAGUAGAUUUGGGGCUGCUUGCCCUCAACAGAGCGUCCUUCCUGGGUUCCCACCGAACGGAAAAGAUACGUUCACCAAUCAAUCUGAAGAUUGUCUCUUCGUCAACGUCAUCAAACCAGCGUAUAUUCCUUCGAAGCAAAAGCUUCCCGUACUCGUCUGGAUCUACGGGGGAGGAUUCAUGCUGGGUGAUACGAGCAGCUACGACGGCACACCCAUAGUCGAGCGCUCGAUGACACUUGGUACUCCCGUCAUCUACGUUUCCAUCAACUAUCGAAUGUCUGCGUAUGGCUUCCUCCCUGGUAAGGAGGCGAAAGAAGCAGGCAUUGGUAACAUUGGUAUUCUCGAUCAGGUCGCGGGAUUGGAAUGGGUGCAAAAGCACAUUUACCGAUUUGGUGGAGAUUCAAACAAGGUUAUUCUCUGGGGUGAGAGCGCUGGGGCGUCAUCAGUGGGUCUCCAUCUCGUCCGAAAUGAUGGUGAUACGAAGGGCCUUUUUCAUGGCGCGUUCAUGCAAUCAGGUAGUCCUGUGCCCUUUGGGGAUAUCGAAAGGGGCCAACCACAAUUCGACAAGCUCGUCGAAGACACCGGAUGCUCCGACGCUGCAGACAAAAUCGACUGCUUGAGGAGUGUCCCACACGACCAGCUGCAAUCGGUGAUCACAAAAGCACCAAACCUCCUCGGAUACCACUCUUUGAAACUCCCGUUUGGUCCAACAAUUGAUGGCAAAGUCCUGGUUCGGAAUCCUCAGGUAUCGCUCAUUAAGGGUCUGUAUGCGAAGGUUCCGAUUGUCUCUGGAGCAUGCGACGAUGAAGCAACGAUAUUCUCCUUUGGCAGUCAGAACGUAACAACUGACGCCGAGUUUAAAGAGUUUCUUCGAGGGUAUCUCCCAGUUACCCAAGAUAAGAUCGACAUGAUUGCUGCUCUCUAUCCAGAAGACCCCACUGCAGGGUCUCCAUUUGGCACUGGAAGCGCCAAUGCACUCACACCACAGUUCAAGCGUAUCGCUGCGUUCCAUGGAGAUUGGAGAUUUCAUGCAGCAAGGCGGUUUUUCGUCUCGCGUGUUUCCAAGACCCAACCAACUUGGUCCUUUUUGUGGAAAAGAGGGAAGGCCUUGCCGUAUGUAGGCGCAGCCCACACCUAUGAGAUACCAGAGUUCUUCGCAUCCGGAAACAAUCCAGACUAUAUCGGGACCGAUGCGCUGAUCUCAUUCGCAAACAUCCUUAAUCCAAGUACAUCCAACACUCACAGUUUACUGAGCAAAUACAAUUGGGAGCAGUAUGGGGUCUCUUCGACUGAUCCACCAGUUUUAACCUUCGUAGACCCCGGGUCUGCUAUCACGACGACGUACGAUACAUACAGGGCAGACGGUAUAGCGUACUUGGCAGAGUUAAACUUCCAAUUGGCCACAGGCCUCUCGCUUAACCUAGCAUCCCAGCCCACAUAG